GUCUAGGGGUGGGCGCUCCCCAUUCCCCUCCCUCUCGGACCUGCAAGGAGGUGGGCUGGCCGCGAAGGGAGGGCCCUGUCCCCUGUCCCUUUAAGGAGGAGGGACGAGCACCGCUGAGAGAGCCUGCAUUGCCCCGACCCGUCAGCGGCCUCACCACACAGCAGCUGCAGCCACAGCUCCGGUCGCCCCUCGCUUAGCAGAGUCCGCUCGGGCCCCAGGAAGCUAGUCGCCACCAUGGUGAAGAUCGUGACCGUUAAGACCAAGGCGUACCAAGACCAGAAGCCGGGCACGAGCGGGCUGCGGAAGCGGGUGAAGGUGUUUCAGAGCAGCGCCAACUAUGCCGAGAAUUUCAUCCAGAGUAUCAUCUCCACCGUGGAGACGGCAAAGCGGCAGGAGGCCACCCUGGUGGUGGGCGGUGACGGCAGGUUCUACAUGAAGGAGGCCAUCCAGCUCAUCGUCCGCAUCGCCGCCGCCAACGGGAUUGGUCGCCUGGUUAUUGGACAGAAUGGAAUCCUCUCCACCCCUGCUGUAUCCUGCAUCAUUAGAAAGAUCAAAGCCAUUGGUGGGAUCAUUCUGACAGCCAGCCACAACCCAGGAGGACCCAAUGGAGAUUUUGGAAUCAAAUUCAAUAUUUCCAAUGGAGGUCCUGCCCCGGAAGCAAUAACUGAUAAAAUUUUCCAAAUCAGCAAGACAAUCGAAGACUAUGCAAUUUGUCCUGACCUGCAUGUAGACCUUGGGGUUCUGGGAAAGCAGCAAUUUGACCUGGAAAACAAGUUCAAACCCUUCACAGUGGAAAUUGUGGAUUCGGUGGAAGCUUAUGCUACGAUGCUGAGAAGCAUCUUUGAUUUCAAUGCACUGAAAGAACUGCUUUCUGGUCCAAACCGACUAAAGAUCCGUAUAGACGCCAUGCAUGGAGUUGUGGGACCGUAUGUGAAGAAGAUCCUCUGUGAAGAGCUCGGAGCCCCCGCAAACUCAGCAGUUAACUGUGUUCCCCUGGAGGACUUUGGAGGCCACCACCCUGACCCCAACCUCACCUAUGCCGCUGACCUGGUGGAGACUAUGAAGACAGGAGAGCAUGAUUUUGGGGCUGCCUUUGAUGGAGAUGGGGAUCGAAACAUGAUUCUGGGCAAGCAUGGGUUCUUUGUGAACCCUUCAGACUCUGUGGCUGUCAUUGCUGCCAACAUCUUCAGCAUUCCGUAUUUCCAGCAAACCGGGGUCCGCGGCUUUGCACGCAGCAUGCCCACCAGUGGUGCCCUGGACCGGGUGGCUAAUGCUACAAAGAUCACUUUGUAUGAAACCCCAACUGGCUGGAAGUUUUUUGGGAAUCUGAUGGAUGCAAGCAGACUGUCCCUUUGUGGGGAGGAGAGCUUCGGGACCGGUUCUGACCACAUCCGUGAGAAAGACGGACUCUGGGCUGUCCUUGCUUGGCUCUCCAUCCUAGCCACCCGCAAACAGAGUGUGGAGGACAUCCUCAAAGAUCACUGGCAAAAGUAUGGCCGGAAUUUCUUCACCAGGUAUGAUUACGAGGAGGUGGAAGCCGAGGGCGCAAACAAAAUGAUGAAGGACUUGGAGGCCCUGAUCUCUGAUCGCUCCUUCGUGGGGAAACAGUUCCCAGUGGGAGAUAAAGUUUACACUGUGGUGAAAAUUGAUAACUUUGAAUACAAUGAUCCGGUGGAUGGAAGUGUUUCAAGAAAUCAGGGCUUGCGGCUCAUUUUUGCAGACGGUUCUCGCAUCAUCUUUCGACUGAGCGGCACCGGGAGUGCAGGCGCCACCGUUCGACUGUACGUCGACAGCUAUGAGAAGGACAUCGCCAAGAUCUACCAGGACCCCCAGGUCAUGUUGGCCCCCCUUAUUUCUAUUGCCCUGAAGUUGUCCCAUCUCCAGGAAAGGACAGGACGCACUGCACCCACUGUUAUCACCUAAGAAGACGGGCCAGAUGCGGUACAUCCCUCCACCCCAGGCCCUCCGAGUCAUCUGAUUGAAGAGCAUGAACAGAAACAAAGUGUAUUCACCCAGGCUUUUUAGGAUUCGGUUUUUCCACUAACCAGUCAUUGACAAAUGGUACAAUUCCAAGGCAUUGCCCAUUGAUAUGCCCGUAGGAGCCAUGCGGGAAAGAGAAUAAAAGGGACCCAUGGGCUUAUACUACCGUCAGUUCCUUUUUGUGUCCUCGUGCACCACUGGUGUGUGGGUGUUUGUCUCCUUAGCACCAGGUCCUGUUUACACUACAGUGGAAGAUGGAGGUUGAGCAUCAGCUCAUGAGGCUAAUUUCCAUCCUUAGGAUCCACCUGUGAAAUGACAGUGCAAGUUCCUUUCUCCUUUGUGAGCCUUUCCCCCCAUUUACUGUUUACAUAUAAUCCAGCAAAAUGCAGUUUCUGGUGCCUUCUCUCCAAUCAGUUCUUUCCUCAGAGUGAGACGUGCUUGUCUACAGAGUUCUGCCUUGUUCUGCAGCGUAGUCCCAUUCACACAAAUAUUUUGGGAUAUUAAAGCAAAAUAAGCUACUAUUUCUAUCUGUCUUUUUUCUUUCCUACAAAACGCUCUUUUGAUUUCAGAAAGAAACCAGAUUUUUUUAGAGGGGGUGGGUGGUAUUGUAUUUUGUUUGGAUGUCCUAGCUAGAAAAAAAAAUGUUCUCUGUGCUUGGUUUAAAAUUUGACUCAAGAACUAUAAUUUCAAAUCUUAGCAGGGUCAGCUGGGCCCUGGCUCCUUCUGAGGUGGAUAAAUUAACCUCGACACGGUUAACUUGGAACAAGGAAAAGGAAGAUAGUUUUCAGGAGAUCUGAAAUAGCAAAGCACCGUCUUGUGCCUUGUGGUGCUGAGAUGCCACCCUGCCUGUUGAGGGGACAGAAACAGAACUCUCGGAAUCUGAGAGCAGGAUUUCUGGCAUUUGGCUGGAAAUCUUGAGCCCGUUGGCAUCUUAUUCAUCUUAGACUAUAUUCAGCCCACGAGUGUAACUUAGUAGUUAAAAGCAUAGUCCUGGGAGCCAACAGACCUGAGUUUGAAUACCACUUGAGACCUUGAGUGAUCUUGGAAUGUCAUUCUCCUUAUCUUUAAAAUGGGCUUGAAAAAUAGUUCUAACUUUGUAGGGUCAUUGAGAAUAUAAAGCAAGUAAGUCUGUGAAAAGCCAUGGGCACAGUAUCUCAUUCAUGGUAGGUUAUCAGAUAAAUGGGAACUAGGAUUAUGUUUACAAUAUUGUUUCUAGAUUUUAAAGAAUCAGAAAAACAAAAACUAUAAAACAAAUAUUUGAAAUGCAUUUUAUGGUUUGGAAGGCACUUCCCGUAGUCACCUGCCGUGUGGACUGUUCCAGAGAGACAGCCCAGCUCUGCACCCCUCCCCGACCCAGGGUAGAAUCCCCAUUCCAGGUGGCAGGGUCUUUAUCUGGGGUGAGAUUUCCAGUGUUGCCAUUUAACCGGGGAGUCCAGCCCAGCAAACCAAACUGAGCUUUGACAAUGAUGAGGUGAAGAUGAAUACUUGCUGAACAUUAAUCCUAUGCCAGGCGCUGUGCUGAGUGCUUUCCAUAUACUCUGUAAAUGCUCCCAAUAACUAUGAGGUAAGUACUCUGAAUAUCCCCGCUUUAGAGAUGAGGUUCAGCUCAUCAUCCAAGCUCGCACCACGGGAGGGUGGUGGCAUGUACCCCGGCGGGGCAGCCCUAGUCCUCCAUGGUUUACCAAUGCUUUGUAUUGCCUCUAGUACUAACUGGCUACUUCUCAACUACUUCUAACAGGUGGAAGAAAGGCGUGCAAAUGCCCCUGUAUUUUGGUGAUUAAAGGGUGAUGCCUUGGGUGCCAGAAACUCUAUUAAUUUUGGCAUUGUUGUCCAACCCCUACCCUGGGGAUAUGGAUACCUGGGUGUAUAGUCAGCCAGGAAACACGUAUUGACCACCUUAAGUGUGAGAUGCCUUGGGAAGGCAAGGGUGUGAAACACACAGUUGCUGCCCUCCAGCUGCCUGUGAGACUAGCUAGAGGAAUGGAGUCCCACACAAAUAGAAGGCUGUGUAGGACUCAUAGACAUAGAGAACAGACUUGUGGUUGCCAAGGAGGAGCGGGGGAGGGAGAGGGAUGGACUGGGAGCUUGGGGUUGGUAGAUGCAAACUAUUACAUUUAGAAUGGCUAAACAACAAGGUCCUACUGUAUAGCACAGGGAACUAUAUUCAAUACCCUGGGAUAAACCAUAAUGGAAAAGAAUAUUAAAAAAAAGAAUAUAUAGAUGUGUAUAUCUGAGACACUUUGCUGCACAGCAGAGAUUGGCAGAGCACUGUAAAUCAACUAUACUUCAAUAAAAAAAAAAAAAAGAAAGAAA